GGAUGGCCAAAAUGGGUGAAAAGGAGUGGUAUUUUUUCUGUGUGAGGGACAGAAAAUACCCAACUGGUCAAAGGACUAAUAGGGCGACUGGUGCUGGUUACUGGAAGGCCACAGGCAAAGACAAAGAGAUUUACAAGGCAAAGACACUUAUUGGGAUGAAGAAAACUCUGGUUUUCUACAAAGGAAGAGCUCCAAGUGGUGAAAAAACAAACUGGGUCAUGCAUGAAUACAGAUUAGAAAAUGAUCAUUCCAUGCACAAUCCACACAAAAAGGCCAUGAAUGAUUGGGCCAUCUGCAGGAUUUUUCAGAAGACUAACUGUGACAAGAAAAUGCAGAUUUCUGGUUUGGUGAGGUUCUCCUCCUUUGGAAAGGACAUGCCUUCAUUGAUGGAUUCUUCUCCAUACAACACCAGUGAAGCAAAGCCUGUUUUGGGGGAGUCAUCACACUUCUCUGAUCCAAACCAAAGUGAGGACCAAAGGUCACAUGAUGAGAACAUAGUUGAUAGCCUUGAAACUCUCAUGAUGCCAUCAUCAUCUUCAUAUUCUUCAAACCCCUUUGAUGUUUCCCCUGCCUCAUGGAGUUUUGCCAAAUCUGCUCCGGCUGUGCCCCACCAAUCCCCCCAAGCUGGGAACUCACACUACUCAGACUAUUUCAUGGCUCAAGAACAGUCCAUGUUGGGGAUGUUGAUUGAAAACCAUGGAUCAAGUACUAGCCUAAGAACUGAGACAGCACAGGAUAAAGACUUUGAUGCUGACAUGUCCUCUCUGAUAUACAACAACGAAAUGCUUCAAAGAUCAUUUGGGAACCAGGAAUAUUCAUCACCUUCUGUAGGACAUGUGUAUACUAGUGACCUAUGGGGAUUCUAA